UUGGUUUGGUUGGCAUCAGAAUUGGUUUAUUUAUUUCUCUGUCGUUUUCUGAUUGUGUGUUGCUGUUUGGUUUGAUCAAACUCUCUUCUCUUUCUGCAUUCAUUCAUUCAUUCAUUCAUUCCAUAGUGAAACAACAAAACAAACAACAAAAAGAGUUUUGAGUCUGAUCUGAUGUCUACCCUCACCGUACCCCCUCUUCCUCCUUCCCCCAGAGACGAUGCCAUACAACUUUACACUGCUUUCAAGGGAUUUGGGUGUGAUACUAGCGCUGUUAUCAAUAUACUUGCACAUCGAGAUGCUACACAGCGUGCCUACAUCCAACAAGAAUACAGAACAAUGUAUUCUGGGGAACUUCUCAAACGCUUAUCUUCCGAGCUUUCUGGCAAGUUGGAGACUGCAGUUCUGCUUUGGAUGCAUGACCCUGCCGGACGUGACGCAAUAAUCCUUAAGCAGUCUCUAAGUGUGGACAAAAAUCUCGAAACUGCUACUGAAGUAAUAUGUUCUCGAACUCCAUCCCAGCUACAAUAUUUAAGACAGAUAUAUCAUUCCAAAUUUGGCGUUUAUCUUGAACAUGACAUUGAAAGAAACACAUCUGGGGAUCAUAAAAAGAUUUUGCUUGCAUAUGUAAGCACACCACGGCAUGAAGGCCCUGAGGUUAAUAGAGAAAUGGCUGAGAAAGAUGCGAAGGUUCUCUACAAAGCAGGGGAGAAAAAACUGGGAACUGAUGAGAAGACUUUUGUGCAAAUAUUCAGUGAACGGAGUGCGGCACAUUUGGCUGCCAUAAGUUCUUAUUACCAUGGCAUGUUUGGACACUCAUUGAAGAAGGCAGUAAAGAAGGAAACAUCAGGGAAUUUUGCUCAUGCACUUUUGACAAUAGUCCAAUGUGCUGAGAAUCCCGCAAAGUAUUUCGCAAAGGUCUUACGUAAGGCGAUGAAAGGUUUGGGGACUGAUGACACCAAACUUAUAAGGGUGAUUGUAACAAGGACAGAGAUUGAUUUGCAGUAUAUCAAAGCUGAAUAUUUGAAGAAAUACAAAAAGACGCUGAACGAUGCAGUUCACUCAGAAACAUCCGGCCAUUACAGGACUUUUCUUCUCUCACUUUUAGGUCCCAACCAGUAGUCAAAAUGUUCAAUGAUGUUUUAUGUGGAGUAAAUUCACCGUACGAUGUUUGAAUAGAAGAGCAGUACCAAUCUUUUCUUUAGUGAUAUUGUAAAUCAGGUAGUACGUAGUGCUUUCUAAGUAAUGUGUACACAAACUCGGUUUCUGUUAGGACUUCAUGUAUUUGCUUGUCUGCACGACACACAGAUGAAGGAUUAUUGUGUAUAAUAUACAUAUAUAUACAAC